GUGACCCGCCUGAAGCGGACAGACAGACAGUCGGCGGCGGAGCUGCGGCGGCUCUGAUUUAACCACCGAAGGACGGAGGCAAAACUAAGAUUAAUACUCGUAUGAGUCACUGGAGCAGGGCUGUUGCCACUGUCUGCGUGUUCUACUGACAAUUACCCGAGAUAUAUUUAAUUUCUAGACUAAAUAAACCGUGUGUGUUCGCGAAAGGCGGCGUGUUUGUCGUUAGCGUUCCGCUAGCAGGCUAGGCUAACGUUGGCUGGCUGAGUCUGAGGUAAUCUCCGGGCGGAUCUACCCAGAGAGGAGAAACGGGACAAACGAGCAGAAAAUGACCGAGUCCGACAAAUUAAACAUCGACUCCAUCAUCCAGCGCCUUUUAGAAGUCAAGGGCUCUAGACCUGGUAAAAAUGUCCAGCUGACGGAGAGUGAGAUCCGCGGCCUGUGCCUGAAAUCCCGGGAGAUUUUCCUCAGCCAGCCCAUCCUGCUCGAACUGGAAGCACCACUCAAGAUCUGCGGUGACGUCCACGGUCAGUACUACGACCUGCUAAGGCUGUUUGAAUACGGAGGCUAUCCACCAGAAAGCAACUACUUGUUCUUGGGAGACUACGUGGACAGGGGGAAGCAGUCUUUGGAGACAAUCUGCUUGCUGUUGGCCUACAAGAUCAAAUAUCCAGAGAAUUUCUUUCUUCUCAGAGGAAACCAUGAGUGUGCCUCCAUCAAUAGGAUAUAUGGUUUUUAUGAUGAAUGUAAAAGGAGGUAUAACAUCAAGCUAUGGAAGACCUUCACAGACUGUUUCAACUGCUUACCAGUGGCUGCCAUUGUCGAUGAAAAGAUUUUCUGUUGCCAUGGAGGCCUCUCUCCUGACCUCCAGUCCAUGGAGCAGAUCCGGCGUGUGAUGCGUCCCACGGACGUGCCUGACCAGGGCCUGUUGUGCGACCUCCUCUGGGCCGACCCGGACAAAGACGUAAUGGGCUGGGGAGAGAACGACCGUGGUGUCUCCUUCACAUUUGGCUCUGAUGUGGUGGCCAAGUUCCUUCACAAACACGACAUGGACCUCAUUUGCAGGGCCCACCAGGUGGUGGAAGAUGGUUACGAGUUUUUUGCAAAGCGGCAGCUUGUGACUCUGUUCUCAGCCCCCAACUACUGUGGAGAGUUCGACAAUGCGGGUGCCAUGAUGAGUGUGGAUGAGACGCUUAUGUGCUCCUUCCAGAUCCUAAAGCCCGCCGACAAGAAGUUAAUGGCCUACGGUGGGGCGGGCGGCUUUGGCUCCGGCCGACCCGUCACACCUCCAAGAAACGCCGCCAAGGGAGGCAAAGCCAAGAAAUAGCGCCCGCUACUCUAUCGUACACACGUCCUUCCUCUCCUUUACUCUACCUCUCCUUUUUCUCCUCUUCUUUUCACCCUGGAACACCUAAGCAGAGCGUGUGGGACCCUUUUUUAGUUUUGUUUUUGCCUUUCCUGAGGCAAAAUUGCUGUGAAUGUUAUUUUUUUUUUUUUGGUUGACCAAUUAUGAGUGAUUGUUGGAGGAAUGGCCAGAUUGACUCGCUGGAAUGUGAGAGGGUACAUGGGAGAGACAUCUUGUAUGAGUAGGUGUAUGUGAUUGUGUGUGUGCGCAUGCUCCUGGGGGGGCGGGAGGGGUUAGUCUCACUUUAUUGUGCGAUGUUUUGUUGGACGGAUGGGGUGAGAUUUGUAUUAUCCCUUUACCACUUUCUAUAAAUGAUUUGAUUAGUUUUCUUGUCAUAGAUCUAUAAUAAUAAAUGUGUAUCCCUCUUUAGGGAUCUUUUAUUGGACCUAAGUGAAGCAUUUCUCUUCAAACUCUUCAAAGCCUCAGGGUCCAGCUGUUGAUCCCCUGAAUAGGGAAGAGCUGAUUGCACGCACCUUUAGCUCCAAAAGCAAUCUGAGCAGAGAACGUGUGAGUGUGUGUGUGUCCAAGACAGGAAGUCGUUUUUUAUCACUGCCACUGUUUAAUGUGAAGCUUGUGUGUUGACAGUUUCUGUCCUCAUCUUUCACGUUUAAUUAGUUAGGACUUUUUGGCACAUACUUUUCUUCGAUAAAUAGUAUUUCCUUCUCUCGUCAGCAGGUGUCAUGAGCGAUCAUCCACUGCAUCUAAGCUUUCUCUGAUAGGGCAAGAAGCACUGCUGGUAGGAGCUUUUUAUUCUUUAGCUUAAAACCAAGGAGCUCACACAGUGAACAGGCAGGUAGGCAAGGUUUGGCCAGGUGGGUGCUGCAUUAGUACAAAAGUACUGAGCAUUCUUGUAUAUGUUUACUUUUUUUAUCCCCUUUCCCUCACAGAUAAUGUAAGAUUUGGCUUUAGUGUGUACUGCUCAGCAAAAGGGACAGAAUAGAAUCAGAGUUUUUGUUUGACAUGAUAGGUUUAGGUUUGUACAGCUUAUUACUUGAAUAAGAAUCUCUCUCUGUCUUUCUUUCUCUUUUUUUUUGUAGUCUUUCAUGAACUCAGCCAAUAAAGUGAGAAUCUCAUACAAAACUGUU